AUGUAUGUAUGUGUCUUAUUAGCAUUCAAAAUAGAAAAUUUGACGAAAAAUGCAUCUCAUCUCAUCUCAUCUCAUCAGUAUCUACAUAGAAGUAAAGACGUUAUGGCGAAUAAAAAACCUGGGUAUACCAACCCUGCCUUUAAGGCAAUGGGUAUCCCAACGUUAAGAUUGCCCUCACGUAAUUGGAUGAUCUUUUGGACAGUUAUGACUACAUCUAUUGGUGGUAUAAUCUAUGAUAAACAUCAACAGAAACAGAUCAGAAAUAGGUAUAGAGAAAUGGUAGAACCAUUAGCUCAGCAACAUAUGGAUAUUGAGAGGAAACCACGUAAAAUUACGGUUUUUAUUGCACCACCACCAAGUGAUUAUUUAGAUACUUCAUUAAAAGUUUGGAAAAGGUACGUCAAACCCAUUCUUUACUGGGGUGGAUUGGAUUACGAAUUGAUCGAAGAAGAUUCCCAGGGGAUGAUUAGAAACGAAGUGGCUAAUAGGAUUAGAGAAUUGAGGAAGCAGUUGAUAGAAUUACAAGUUCCUAAACCUUCAUUGGAAAAGAUUGAUAACAAGAAAAAAAAUAAGAAGCAAGAUUUGGAAGAGUUGGAAAAAUUUGAUCCUCAGCAAGCUCAAAAAUUCAAGAAGGAAUUUGACUAUUCGAAAGCAUUAGGCGUUUACCGUGAAUGGACUACUCCUGAAGUGGUUUAUGAAGAUUCUUUGGCGGAAGACCCUGCUCUAAGUGGGGGAGUCAUUUGCCUAGGAAGAGGUUCUUACAAGGAAUACAUUACUGGUCUACAUGAAGGUCUUCUAGGUCCUUUAGAGGCACCUCCUACCCCAGAACCUGAGACUAAAAAGCCGGAGGAAGGAGAAACGCCAAAGGAAGGAGAAACACUAAAGGAAGGAGAAACACCAAAGGAGCCCACUAAUGAGGAACCCUCUGAAGAAGAAAGAAGUGCGAGACGUAAAAUCCCACCACCAUUCAUCAAACCUGAUCAGUACAGUAGUGUAGAAUAUCCCAGUGAACUGCAAGGCAUUGUUAGGGAUCCCAAAACUAAUUGCCCCAUUUUACCGCAUCAAUCUCUGUUAGUGAUCCCAAUCCCCAAUUUAAUCGGAUUUCUCAGUAUCCCAGAACGUAUUUACAGGUUCUACAACAAGAGAUAUUUUGCUGAAGAGGCUUUAAGUGCAACUAAAGAUCUCGUGCUAAAGAAGGGGAUCAGGUCAUUUGAAGAUCCUAAGGAUUUAGAUAUUUCUAAAGAAGAAGAAUUAGAUUGGCCAAAGAGUUGGGUUCAGCGCGGUAUGGAGAGAGAAAGUGAAUGGACAAGAGAACUAAAGUCUGAUCCAAGAGUUGCUCAACAAUUACACGUUUACAACGAAAGGGUCAAAGACAAUGAACAAGAGAAAGAGUAA